CGCGACUGCAUAUCCUCUUUUCCACAGCUUCUUUCCAAUCGCAAACAUGGGCUUCACCGAUUUCGUUUCAGACGCAGGUCUCACCCUCCUGAACAACUGGGUCAAGACCCGCAGCUACAUCGUUGGCUACACCCCGUCGCAGGCCGACGUCAAGGUCUUCCAGCAGAUCAAGCAGAUCCCUGCCCCCGAGAAGUUCCCUUACGCCUGGAGGUGGUACAACCACAUCCUCACCUUCGAGGGCGAGUUCGAGACCCUCCCCGGUGACCCAACCAAGGAGGCCACCGCCUAUGGCCCCGAGUCUAGCGAGCUCACCCUCAACCCCGCCAAGGCACCUGAGAAGGAGGCCGAGGCUGAGGACGAUGACGAUGUCGACCUGUUCGGCUCUGACGACGAGGUUGAUGAGGAGGCCGAGAAGCUCAAGGCCGAGCGUCUUGCCGAGUACAACAAGAAGAAGGCUGGCAAGGUAAAGCCUGCUGCCAAGUCCAUCGUCACCCUCGACGUUAAGCCCUGGGACGACGAGACAAACAUGGAUGAGCUCAAGGCUAACGUCCUGUCCAUCGAGAAGGACGGUCUUGUCUGGGGUGCCUCCAAGCUUGUUGCUGUUGGUUUCGGUAUCAAGAAGCUCCAGAUCAACUUGGUCGUUGAGGACGACAAGGUCUCUCUUGACGAGCUCCAGCAGCAGAUCGAGGAGUUCGAGGACCACGUCCAGUCCACCGACGUUGUUGCCAUGCAGAAGUUGUAGUCGAAAGCCUAAUGUUAUGAUGUUUACGAUGGGAAGGUUGGGCCUGGUUACGGAUUGACGUCUUUAUGAGCACCGCUAGGCGACAAAACAAAAUCACGACUUGGCGACAUGCCAGUCUUCUCUGCAAAGCAGAGACACCCACCACAUCAAGAUUCCCAUUACUGCCAUGACGUCCUUUACUCUGCAUUCUGAGCAUUGAACAGCAUUCGCAAAGGUUCUCUUAUGUUUGCGAUGCGCUCUUGGUUAUAGUGUGGACGCAACAUCUCGAAGUUGAUCAAGCCUGAAGAUGUAAGCUUUGUUCGACAUCUUACAGACUACAGUGGCAAACGCUGCGCAUACGCUUAGGUUUGCUAGACGAGAUGUGUAAUGCGACCGGUGUAGAGGCUCGUACGAAAGUAGAGGCCAAUGCUGAAUAAGACUUUAGC